AUGGCGACCCCAAAGCUGCGCAAGACACGGAUUGUCUGUGUCUCCGACACCCACAACUGCAGCAUCAAGCUUCCAGCCGGCGAUGUUUUGAUCCAUGCCGGAGACCUCACCAACAAGGGGAGCAUCUCAGAGCUCUCGAGGGCAGUAAAGUGGCUCGAAGAGGCUGAUUUUGAAGCCAAGAUUAUCGUUGCAGGCAACCACGAUGUCACCUUGGAUGAAGACUUUUACUUCCAUCACGGCGACCACUUCCAUAACAAGAUCAAGCAGAAUCCGGCAGAUUGCAUCAACCUGCUCACUUCGUCGCCCUCUCUCACGUACCUGUGUCACGACUCGGCAACGAUCCGUCUAAAGUCACCCACGGGGCCGCAUACUGAGUUUACCAUCUUUGGCUCCCCAUACUCUCCUCGCAACGGACUAUGGGCUUUCUACUAUGAAGCCCCAGAAGCCCCCGACGAUAGCAGUGCUGAUCUCACCUCCUUGUGGGAGCUCAUCCCGCUCGAGACGGACAUUGUGGUGACACACACGCCGCCACGUACGCACUGCGAUCAGCCAGACGGGCAACGAUCUGCUGGUUGUGAGGCUCUGCGACAGGCCCUCUGGAGAGUCAGACCUAAGUUAGCGGUCUGCGGUCAUAUCCAUGAUGGACGAGGGGCGGAGCGAGUGCUCUGGGACUUGAAGAAUAAGGCCACUCCUUACGCAGAGAGGGCCGCCAUGGCAUGGGAGGAUCCUGGCGCGGACAACAACAAGAUCAGCUUGGUCGACCUCACCGGCAAAGGAGGCAAGUUGCCGGCCCUCGCAAACGACGGAUCACAUCCGGGCCGGCCCAGCUAUGAAGACGACCAACAAACGGCCACCACGACAUCGGCACCCGCGGGGACAUGUUCGGGUCCAUCAUCAGAGCAAGGCUCUAGCGUCGCUGCCCAAAAGAGAGGCGGCAGCGACAGCAACGAUGACGGCGUGGGCUAUGGGGGCAAUCCGGAGUCUGAGGAUUGCGAUUAUGAGGCAUUGGCGGGGAGAACCGGCCGCAAGGAGACGUGCGUGGUGAAUGCUGCGAUUAUGAAGGGCAGCUAUCCCCAUACCGAUGGCAAGACGUUUAGCAAGCCCAUUGUGGUGGACUUGUUUUUGCCAGUGUGGCAAGAGGAUGAUGAAGCUUGA